AUGUGGUCUGUCAUAGUUUUCGUUACGCUCCUCGGCACUGCCGCUGCUACCACUGGACUCGAUGCAAUUCAGCCAAUGUCAUCCAGCACUUUCACGUGCUUAAAAAACAAUGGCUACACUUUCUUCAUCGCCAGAGCAUGGGAGAGCAUUGGAAAUUAUGAUGAGACUGGAAUCCAGAACAUGAAAAAUGCACGUGCAGCCGGUUGGGAAUACGUUGACGCAUAUAUUUUCCCGUGCUUGAAAAGCACAUGCGCUGCACCGGCUGCACAGGUUGAGGCAACUGUGAAUCGUCUCAAUGCCGAGGGUGCUAAGUUUGGCAUGAUCUGGCUUGAUAUUGAGAUCUACGCCUGGUCAAGUGAUGUCACUUCCAACAGAAAUUUCAUCAAUGCCAUGGGUAACCAACUUAAUGCCAUGGGUGUGAAAUGGGGAAUUUACACAAACAACAACAACUGGGCUAACAUUGUUGGAAUUAGCUGGAACCAAUGGGCAAGCAAACCCCUCUGGUGGGCCAACUACAAUGGACAUCAGGAUUACACUAACUUUGUUCCAUUCGGCGGAUGGUCAAAGCCAUCAAUCCACCAAUAUGCUGGAGAUUACAAAGGACCCUGCAGUGUUGACAUGGAUUUGAACUGGUAUUAA